CCUAUCCUUCUGGAGCUACCAUGAGCCGGCCUCUUCGAGAUCUGUGCCCUCUGGCAGUUGGGGGCAGUCGUGCACACACUGGUGGCAGGCGGCACCGGAAUUACAACAAAGCAUGUCUUGGAUGUCAAAAUAGUCCCAGUAAGCGCCGCUGUGACCGGGAUUGGAAAGUAGACGCGAAAUGCACAGAAUGUGAGAAAUCUCGAAUGAGUUGUGAGAAAGGGAAACGUAGACGCGCCCCUGCCUCAGACGGUGUGGCCAGAGCCCUGCCCCCUAAUACUAAUGCUACUUCAAUCUGGGUGGCGUCUUCGGUGAAUCUCCGACAAUGGUCCCAACCACCCGCCGUGUAUACCAUAGUACCACUGGGUGCCGGAAUACUCCUCGGUGUUAGUCUGGCAAAGCAUCACUUCGAAAACGUUUUCGAUGAGCACCGGUUCAUGGAACGCGCAACACUCAUGGCGUCGGACAUGAGCCCCGACGACCAUUUCAGUCCUAUGUUAUAUCGGGUCUUCCGUCUUCUCCACGAGAGUUCGGGACAGGAGGAGCUAGGGGAGCCUCUCCUGAGCGAAGCUAAACAAGCUUUUGCGGAGGAAUUCGAAGAGCCUACUUUGGCCACCGUCAUAGCUACUAUCCUCUUGUCAUGGUGGCUAUCUAAGUCAAGACCCCGGUUUUCGAGAGACCUUUUGGGGCUGGACUCAUAUCAGGAGCGUGCGGCCUUGAGGGAUGUGUGUCCUAACAAGAUCGAGCGACUCUUCCGAAAAGUUCUGACUCUGGCCGAGGAAUAUGGAAUCAGGUUAUGCGUACAUGUAUCCCAGCCGGAGGCGUUGCCGAUUUACGGGCCGGGGACGCAAUCCAUGGGCACAGAUUUAGCACCAUCGGAACAAUUCGGCUAUCUAGUGCCCCCAAGACAAAACUUAUCACUAAAGAAUCCUCCAUCAACUGCAUACCCAUUAUACCAGGAUUCUCCUCCCGAUCCGCAGGGUCCCGCUGUUAUUCCCGACGCCUUGAGCAGCGCCACCCUGCCCCCCAUCCCUGGGGCCCUAUAUUCUUAGGCGGCUGGGCUGAUACUUAUUAAUUUUUAGCCCCUUGAGCCCGAACAAUCCUCAGCAACGGGACCGCUUCCACAAAUAACGAAAUUUAAAUCGUGAAUCGUGAACAUGCAUACCAAAAGGUGCACAAGUUUUGUUUGGG